GCUCCACCCGCCCGGCUGCCCUUUCAUCUUUGAUCGUAGGCUCUCUCUCUCGGUUUUCCUCACUUUCUCGCUCUCAUUCCUGCAAAGCCCAACCUAAGCACCACUUCUCUUGUGUUCGGAUUUCAACUAAUUUCAUCAGUUUAAGAGCACUUUGCAUGGGGACGGAUACGUUUGUUUUAACAUCAUCCUAGGAGCAUACUGAUAGAACCAGGGUGAAGGAAGCAGCAAAACCUACAUCGUCCUCUUCAGAGAUGGAUGUGGGAAUAUUGGAGAUCCCGGCAGAACUGUCGGCCCGAUUACGCAGUGCAGCAGGACGUCCUCAAGGAUCAGGAGUAACAGAAGUAGCUCUGCCACAGGUCAAAGCAGACCACAACCUCUCACUGCCCCAAGACAUUGACAGACACCCUUUCUCCAAAUAUGCCAACACAGUCCUGAAGGAUGGAUGGUGCCAACCGCAGGGUUUCCCGCUUCAGAGGCCUUUGACUUCUCUGGACUAUGAUGACGCUCGGACAGCUCUAGAAAUCUACAAACUGAUCCUGCGUUUCACAGGUGACUCUGAUCUGACUGGAUGGCAAGAGCAGAUGUUGGGGAACUACAUCGUGGAGAAGAGCCAAUCACAGCCCAGCAUCAGGGAUGAGAUUCUUGCUCAGCUGGUGUAUCAAACUUGGGACGGGGAUAAUGAGGAGAGUGUCCUCCGGGGAUGGUUGCUCCUGGCCUGUUGUCUGAGUGCCUUCACACCCUCUCCUGCCCUGGAGAAACCCCUCCUCAAGUAUGUGUCUGACCGAGGUCCCGGGGAGUACCGCUCUCUGUGUCAACACAAGCUCCUCACAUCCUUCCAGCUCCCCUCCCCUGCCUGCAGACAGCACCCUCCGAGUCAACUCGAGUGGACAGCCAAUCAGAGAAAAGGAAAGAUGGUGGUGGAGGUAAACACUUUCAAUGAGGAAAGGUUGACUGUGGAGGUUGAGUCUUGGACGACAGGGGAACAACUGGCCUCUUGGCUUCUUAGCUACAGGGGUCUGACUGAAGCUACACAGGGCUGGUCUGUGUCUCUGCUGGCUGACGAGGGUUGGACCGACAUGGCAGGCUGUGAUUUUGUAAUGGAUCUCUUGGCUGGAGUGGAGGCUGAUGUGACCAUCGGUUACGCACACACUCAACCCGAAUACCUCUUUAGCAACACAAGUGACAGGAUGGGAACUUCAGACCUGGAUGACUUUAUACCUCCAGCUCCCCCUAUGCAAGCCCCUGGUCUCCCACCCUUUGAAGCAUCCCCAUGGGAUACCUAUGAACCUUCCUCCACAUCCCAGAGAUCUCGCAGUCGACAGAUGGAUUCUUACGUUGAUGACCUUUUUGAUCCUGUGUUUGAUCAGGGUCCUGGGGACUUUGAGCGGAUGGCCAUGCUGAAUCGUAGAAUGAGAGGUGGAGGAGGUAUGAUGCCCAGCAUGUACGCCGGAGCAGGAAUGCCAAUGAAUCCUGUCAUGGCUGGCUAUGCUGCCGCACCAAUGAUGCCAAACAUGACCAUGAUGCAACAAAUGCAUCCCAUGCAAACUAUGAUGAUGCCAACUGCCAUGCCACAAGCCAUACCGGCUGUCAACACACAGCAAAUGGCUGCUCAGCAACAGGCCUUUAUCAAUCAACAGGCUCUGCUUCUGGCUCAGCAGAUGACCAUGCAGGCGAUGACAAUGUCCCAGAAGCAGCAGCAGGAAGAGAUGCGAAAACGCGACAGAGACAGAGAAUCACAGAGACAGUCACCACGUCAGUGGCGGCGCUCUCCUCCACGUGCACGCUCACCCGAAACCAGACCCCGAAGCCACCCCCAGGUAGAAAGAACCAUCCCUCAGACUGCCCAAAAAGCCCCAGAGACCCAUCCAAAGCUCGGCAGGCCAGAGCCACAGCCUGAGACAGAGUUCACGGAAGAUCAAGGGUCCUUUCAAGAGAAGAGGGAUUUUUUUCAAAAGAUUGAAGCACGCCCAAAGCCUGCGCCAAAGGUUGCUAAGCCACUGAUAUAUGCCACUCCACCGGUGACCCAACCCAAAUCCCCUCCACCAGUAAAGACGGAAGUGAAGCCACUCCCAGUACCUCCUAACAUCAAAGAACCUAAACCAGAACCAGAACCUCCAGAACCCACAUCUCCUAAACCAGAACCUACUAGUAAAAUUAGAGAGAUCAUCAAGAAGUACCAGAGCCGGCCCUCUCCAGAACCUAAAGCCUUUGAGCCUGUCAGGGUACCGGUCAGGAACUUUCUAAAGAAAAAUGACCCCAAAGAUGAGGCUCUGGCCAUUCUCAAAUCUCAGGGACCUGUCACUCAACAGAAGCAGAAACAGUGGGAAGAGAAGCCUCCUUUACCCCCACAGCUCCCUGAGUCCCAUGGUCCUCGUCCCAUCUCUAACGAUAUGAAACAGAAGCAGCGUUCACUGGCUGAUCUUUUCAGCUCGCAGCGUUCGCAUGCUCUGCCUCGAGCUCGUGAGCCCAUCCCUCCCCCAUCUCCCAGCAUCCCCAGCCCACCACUGAUGCCUCCACCUGGACUUAAUCAGUUCAACAGGAUGGCUGAGGAGGAGAGUGUUCGCUCCCAACUGCACAGAUUCUCUGCCAGCGUUUACUUCUCCUAUCCCAGAAUGCCUGGCAAACUCUUCCUUCGCAAGGAGCUGUUUUAUCCCAGGGAAAAAUUCAACCACCCAUACAUUCUUAAUUUACUCUGUGAGCAGAUCAUGCGAGACACUUACUCAGAUACUUGUCUGAGGAUUACACGUGAAGAAAGACGUAAAAUGAAAGACCUUUUGGCGAGUUUCAAUACCAGAACCAGUAUCAGUUCACUAGAUGAUGCUAUGAAGAAAAGAGUUGUCAUGGCAGCAAGAGACAGCUGGUCCAAUUACUUUGCACGCCUCUUUAAUGUCAAGGUGGAGAACGGAGGCGAUUCUCAGAUUCUGGGAGUGUCGCAUCGAGGAAUCAGACUUCUAAAGGUUGCCAGAGCUUCAGGCAUAAACCCUGAACACCUCAGACUACUGCACAGCUACAGUUUUUCACAGGUUUUGUCAGUACAGCAGCAAGGGGCUGGAAAAGUCUUGAUCACUUUGAGUAAUGAGGAGUUGGAGCUUCACUCUGAACAGGCUGCACAGAUCGCUGCUGUGAUUCAUCUCUUCCUUAUGGAGCUGAUUAAGAACUCGGACUAUGUGAUCGCUGUGAAGAGCUAUGUGACAGAUGACAAGAGCUUGCUGACCUUACACAGAGGCGACGUCAUCAAAAUCCUGAACAUGGACGGCCUCAAGGACGGAUGGAUGUUUGGUUCCAGUGGGGGCCGUUCUGGACUCUUCUUGGUGGACGUCACUCAGCCUUGUGCCCCACCAGACUACCACAGCAGCAACAUGGAGCGGCAGCUGGAGCGGAAGAAGAGUAUGAGACUCACCAGCUCUUCCUCCAAUGUUCCAGCCAGAGGCCCUGUCACCAACACCCCUGUCAAUGGCCCUGUGACCAACACCCUUGUCAAUGGCCCUGUGACCAACACCCUUGUCAAUCGCCCUGUGACCAACACCCCUGUCAAUGGCUCCAUUUACAAAACCCCUGUUACCCGCUCAGCGUCUAGCAGUGAAUACAGUGUGGAAGUGGGGACCAUGCAGAGAUCUGAAUCAGAACGUCAUAAGCAUAUCAUGACUGAGUUUGCCAAGAAGUUCUUCACAGAUGCUAUCAGCAGAACAAACAAAGACAAAAGUCUUAAUGAGAUGGUGGAAUAUACUCCAAAUCCCAUCCAGGAAUCACUGAUCUUUUUCUCAGACAGCGAUCUCAGUCGUCUGGGUGCUCAAAACUUCAUGAUUUUGAUGCAGUUUAUGUUGGAUCAGCCUAUGAAGAAAAAUCAGACAGAGAGUGACUGUGUUAACUUAAUUUUGCAGCUGGGAAAAGAGAAGGAGUUCCUCAGGGAUGAGAUCUACUGUCAGGUCAUCAAGCAGACUACCAAAAACCCAUUCAAGGAGAACUGUACCCGUGGCUGGCGUUUGUUCAAUCUGGUGACUGGAUUCUUCCCUUGUUCCAACACUCUCCUGCCAUAUUGCACCCGUCACCUGGAAGCCAUCAUUCAUGAUGCCAACCACACUUUUCAAGAGCUGGCAAAUGUGUGCAUGAAGAAUCUCAAACGGUCACUCAGUUUUGGAGGACGCAGGUACAUCCCUUCCCAUUCAGAGAUGGAGGCCAUUUUGGCUGGGAGGAACUCUCGUCGGCUGCCCAUCAUGCUGCCUGGUGGAAAUGAAAUUUCCUGCAAGAUUCGCAGCUUUAGUGUUGCAUUUGAGGUGGUACAAGACUUUUGCACUGAGAUGGGCAUCAUAAAUCCAGCAGAAGUGAAGGAAUUUUCCAUCCAUGCCACUAAGAAAAAAAGUGAUUGGACACGUCCAAUUCACUCUGAGGAGUAUCUGUUUGACUUCCUGCUGGAUGAUGGCUCCAUCUCCCUCUCCUUUCAACGAAUAAUCUGGAAACAGCCGCUCCAGUUCAACAAUGAUCUUUAUGUGGAGUUCCACUACCAGCUGCUUGUGGCUAAUUAUCUGAAAGGGAGGCUGUUGCUGCCCAUGACCAGCUCUACAAUCUACCAGCAGGUGGCAGAGUUGACCGCUCUUCAACACCUUGCCCUUGGGCUGACUGAUUUACCCUCCAACGCUGAGGUAAAGCAGUACCUUCCCCAGACGGACCGGCUCAACCCCAGUGAUGAAAGACUUCUUGCUACUAUAAGGGCACAGUUUUCUACCUUAGGCCCCUUCAGCCAUCUUGAUGCCAAAGCUCAUUUUAUCAAAAGUGUCCGUUUGCUGCCUUUCUUUGGAUUUGAUGUAUUCACUGCUCAGAAAGUCAGUCAUCGCAGCUGCCCGUCUCCCUCCCUGGUCGCAGUCAGCCAUGAAGUUAUCAAAAUCGUUGAUCCCAAAUCACAGAACGAAUGUUUGACAAUGUCUCUGGAGGACGUGCAGUCCUUGCGCUCAGUCCGUCCCAAGAAAGACAAGCUGCCAUCGGUUGAGAUCACCUUUAGUGGCCAAACUCAACCCAAGACUGUCAGCUUAAGUCUAAAGCAGGCGAAAGAGCUGUGCCACACCAUUGCUGUGAUUAUGGAAGAGGUUGUGAAACCCCCCUACAGCAAUAUGUCCAGUCGAACCGGAACCCCACAUUAAACAAGCAACAUAUGCAAAGUUCACCUAAUAACCCAUGACUUACUGUAAAGUUCACAGAUGUCUCAUAUAUAUAUAUAUAUAUAUAUAUAAACAUCAAGGUUAACAAAUGUUUAAUUCAUUAUAGCCAGGGUUUUUCAUGGGGCAUAAAGAUACUGCGGAGAUGUAUAGAGUGUACAAUUUUCUAUAAAAAAUACAAAGACAUUUUGAACUGUUUGGAAUGAACAUUAUAGCUUUAAUAAGCGUUAUUUAAUGUAAUAUAUAUAUUUUUAAACAAAUGUGUUUAAUUUAGUAUCAUUAUGAAUUUAUACCACCAAAUGGGGGCGAUUUGAUUAUAUUUAUUAUAAGGCUGAACUAUUUUGUAUUUGUGUUAUAAUUGUUUAAUUAUUUGCCUCCAAAUAAAAGAAAACUGAUUAUUGAGUGUAGAUGUUAAACUAUUAAAGUGUUAAUGUUUUAAACUAUUAAAGUAUAAAUGUCUUCUGAA